AUGCCGUCGGCUACCGAGGACACCACCGUGCGGCCGCCACGCCGUCGGCUACCGAGGAGGCCACCGUGCGGCCGCCACGCCGUCGGCUACCGAGGACGCCACCGUGCGGCCGCCACGCCGUCGGCUACCGAGGACGCCACCGUGCGGCCGCCACGCCGUCGGCUACCGAGGACGCCACCGUGCGGCCGCCACGCCGUCGGCUACCGAGGAGGCCACCGUGCGGCCGCCACGCCGUCGGCUACCGAGGACGCCACCGUGCGGCCGCCACGCCGUCGGCUACCGAGGACGCCACCGUGCGGCCGCCACGCCGUCGGCUACCGAGGAGGCCACCGUGCGGCCGCCACGCCGUCGGCUACCGAGGAGGCCACCGUGCGGCCGCCACGCCGUCGGCUACCGAGGAGGCCACCGUGCGGCCGCCACGCCGUCGGCUACGGAGGACGCCACCGUGCGGCCGCCACGCCGUCGGCUACGGAGGACGCCACCGUGCGGCCGCCACGCCGUCGGCUACCGAGGACGCCACCGUGCGGCCGCCACGCCGUCGGCUACGGAGGACGCCACCGUGCGGCCGCCACGCCGUCGGCUACCGAGGAGGCCACCGUGCGGCCGCCACGCCGUCGGCUACCGAGGACGCCACCGUGCGGCCGCCACGCCGUCGGCUACCGAGGACGCCACCGUGCGGCCGCCACGCCGUCGGCUACGGAGGACGCCACCGUGCGGCCGCCACGCCGUCGGCUACCGAGGAGACCACCGUGCGGCCGCCACGCCGUCGGCUACCGAGGACGCCACCGUGCGGCCGCCACGCCGUCGGCUACCGAGGAGACCACCGUGCGGCCGCCACGCCGUCGGCUACCGAGGAGGCCACCGUGCGGCCGCCACGCCGUCGGCUACCGAGGAGACCACCGUGCGGCCGCCACGCCGUCGGCUACGGAGGACGCCACCGUGCGGCCGCCACGCCGUCGGCUACCGAGGAGACCACCGUGCGGCCGCCACGCCGUCGGCUACCGAGGAGACCACCGUGCGGCCGCCACGCCGUCGGCUACCGAGGAGACCACCGUGCGGCCGCCACGCCGUCGGCUACGGAGGACGCCACCGUGCGGCCGCCACGCCGUCGGCUACGGAGGACGCCACCGUGCGGCCGCCACGCCGUCGGCUACCGAGGAGGCCACCGUGCGGCCGCCACGCCGUCGGCUACCGAGGACGCCACCGUGCGGCCGCCACGCCGUCGGCUACCGAGGACGCCACCGUGCGGCCGCCACGCCGUCGGCUACGGAGGACGCCACCGUGCGGCCGCCACGCCGUCGGCUACCGAGGAGGCCACCGUGCGGCCGCCACGCCGUCGGCUACCGAGGACGCCACCGUGCGGCCGCCACGCCGUCGGCUACCGAGGACACCAUCGUGUGGCUGAUGUAA